AAGCCUGUGCACGUUUUGACAGUAGGCCUUUUUGACAGCCGCGUAAUUGCCUUCUUUUUUAACAUCCGGUUCACGCAAUUGUUGCUGCUGAUUACAAAUGGCUCCCAGAAAGGCUAAAGUUCAAAAGGAGGAGGUCCAGGUCCAAUUGGGUCCUCAGGUACGUGAUGGCGAGAAUGUCUUUGGCGUUGCACACAUCUAUGCCAGUUUCAACGACACGUUUGUGCAUGUCACCGAUUUGUCUGGACGUGAAACCAUUGCACGUGUCACAGGCGGCAUGAAGGUCAAGGCUGAUCGUGAUGAGGCCUCUCCCUACGCUGCUAUGUUGGCUGCUCAGGAUGUGGCUGAACGUUGCAAGGUGCUGGGCAUUACAGCGCUGCACAUUAAAUUGCGCGCUACUGGCGGCAACAAGACCAAGACACCCGGACCCGGUGCCCAGUCGGCGCUGCGUGCUUUGGCUCGUUCAUCAAUGAAGAUUGGUCGCAUUGAGGAUGUUACACCCAUUCCAUCGGACUCCACACGCAGGAAGGGCGGUCGUCGUGGUCGCCGUCUGUAAAUUGGCGACAAAUCUUUUGCAUUUCAUGUUUCUUUUUAACAAUCUAUGAAUGCAUUGAAAUUAAACCGAAAACGUAACUGUCA